CAUGUUGAGUCCGUGACUAGUUGUGUUUCCUAGCGGGGAGCCCGCUCUGCCUGGCUCCCACAGGCCCCCCACCCGGCCGCCACUAUGUUACAGGAAGUCUCUGAGCUGGGCUCGGAAGCGGGAGAUGACAGUCUAUCUGCGAUUACCUACGAAUCAGACUUAGAGAUGAAAUCAAAAAAGAAAGCGUUUCACAAAUAUCCACCAAGAUCACCAAAGUCCCCCUAUCACACUAAGCCUAAACAGAUCACAUCUUGGAGAUAUUUAAAGGCAACAGGGACAAUGCCUCUCAGUGGCAGGAUGGCUUUAACCCCACAGAAACUAUGGCUUGGACCUUCAAAACAAGGUCAUAGUCCCGGUGCCCCUGUUUAUAGAGAGAAGGAAGAUAUGUAUGAUGAGAUUAUUGAAUUAAAGAAGUCAUUACACUCUCAAAAAGGUGAUGUGGAUUUUAUGAAAACAAAACUUCGACGAUUAGAAGAAGAAAAUAGCAGAAAGGAUCGGCAGAUUGAACACCUCCUGGAUCCUAAUCGAGGCUGUGAAUUUGCCCGGAGUAUGGUUGACAAAAGGCCUGGUACUGGCUGGGUCAUUAAUGGACUAAAACAAAGGAUUAUCAAGUUGGAACAGCAGUGCAAGGAGAAGGACAAUACUAUCACUAAACUUCAAACAGAUAUAAAGAUGACUAAUUUGGAAGAAAUGAGGAUCGCCAUGGAGACUUAUUAUGAAGAGAUCCAUCGUCUCCAGGUUCUUUUGGCAAAUACUGAAACCACAGGAAAGAAAUCCCCAUCUGAUAAAAAGUCAACUCAGAAAAGGCAGAAGAAAUUGAGUGCUACUGUCCUGCAUUUGUCCAGGAAUGUUCAAGAACUUCAGGAGGAGAACCAGAGUUUGAAGGAAGAUCUGGACCGUGUCCUAAGCAAUUCCCCUAUUUCUAAUAAAGCAAAAGGUUAUAGUGAAUGGAGUAAACAGAGAUUAAUGAGGCGAAUCUCAGAGUUGGAAAAGAAAGUGGGUGAGCUCGAGAACACAGAGUCUCAGUCUCCAGAACAGGUCAGACUGGUUCCCCUGAUUCAGUCAGCAUCAAGCACCACACAGCAGGAAGCGCUGAGAUCCGAUCAUUCUGAUGAGUGUGAACGACUUCGCGGGAUAGUGAGAAAGCUGAAGGGGGACCGGAACACUCUACAAGCUCAGCUGUCUGAUAAAGAUUUGGAAAUGAAGCAGUUACUACAGGCAAAAGCUGCUUUGGAGAAGGAGCUGAAAAAUGUGGAAGAUACAGAGAAAGACAGGAGGGAGAAAGAAGAUACCAUGAGAGAGGAAAUUCAAAGACUUUCCAAGAAGUUGCAAGAGACGGAAGUAGACCAGAGAAAAGUUGAAGAUGACCCCAUGGAGAUAACACAUGAGCCUAAAGAAGAUGCCUUUAUCUCCUCCAACAUUACCUAUGUCCAGACUCAACAAGGUUCUGUAUCGAGUUCAAAUAAUGUGUCCACUCAAUCUCCCAUUUUCCACUCUGAUGCCAGAAACAGACAGCAGAGAAAAGAGAAAGCUGCCAGAAUUAUCCAAACCCAGUGGAAGAUAUUCAGGAGAAAGAAAAAAGAGGCUAAUCUGGAUGAGGCGGCUGCUGUACUGCAGGCAGUUUUCAGGGGACAUUUAGCACGGGAGAAGCUGUUUUCGAGCGAUACAUUUGGUUCAGAAUCUCCCAGCAUGCCCAGCUUUCCAAAUAAGAAAUCCGACAGAUCCCGCUGUCAUAGUUCCUCACAUUUGGUGGCUGAUAACAAGGAGGAAGAGGAGGCUAUUGCAGUCAUCCAGUCGAUUUUCAGGGCACACUCAACACGGAUGGGAUACCAUACAAGAAUGUCUGAUUCUUCCAUAAGUGAAAAGAAAUCCGGUUCAGCUUUGUGCAAGAAAUCAGCCUCUCUCCUCUCUACACCAUCUUCUCUUGGUAAAGAAGAUAGUGAUGUUAGUAGCGAAGACACUGUUGAAGAAUUACCUGCUGAUGAUGAGAGUAUGCAGCCAAAAGAGCCCCUGAUUUACCAACCCUGUCAUGCUGGGAGUAACUGGCGAGGACAGCAGAAAGAGGAGGAAGUGACCCUCAGAAACUCCUCAGGCUGCAAGACCCUUCUGGCCACUGCUGAGCAGGAAUUUUACAAAUUCAUUACAGAAUUUUGAGGAUAUGUCUCUUUUUUUGUGCUUUCCUGCAUUCUGGCACUUGUGGGUGGCCACCAGGAAGAUACAAUGUGGAUUUUAUAAGUUACCAGUCACCAACCUGCUUCUUUGCUCAUCUCCUUCCUUGUAAUGGAGACCUUCGGGCCAGAUUCAACUACAGUAAGGCCUGCAUUAUACAACAUCUUCAGGGGAAUGAGCUGUUCCACAUAAGUACAUUUGCCACAUAAAAAAAAAAAAAAAAAAAAAAAAAGAAAAAGAAAAGCUUGCCCCCCCAUAGCACCAAAAUUUGGUUUAAUUUAUAUUAUUUUUUGGAUGAAAAUUCCUCUAAAAUGUAAUAUAUUUUCAUAAACAGUCUAGUGAACAGAACUUGUGGCAGUUAAAAGAGCAUCAGAUUUGGAAUCAGAGAAUGUAUUCAAAAUUUUGUAUCUGCCACUCUCUGUCCAUAUGACUUUGGUCAACUCACAUUUUCCUUAGUUUCCUCAUUUGUAAAAUGAAGGGGGUUUAUUAGCUGAAAAGUCCCUUAUGGCUCUAAAUUUAUGCUCUUAUGAUUCUAUGACUCAAAGUUAUGACUUUGAGAAAGUAAUUUUAUCUUUCCUGGGUGCGGUAGGUGGAUAGGAGGGAACAUGUUAAGAACAGGUAAGGCUUUGAGGCAACACACACUUACGGUUCCCCCUCCAAUGAUGACACAUUUGCUUUAAUACAACUUAUAUCUGAUAGCCAAAAUCAGGGAAGAAUAAAGGUAGAGGAAGAUAACUAAAAAUUAGCAUCACAAGAAUAUUAAUGCAAAAAUGUAAAAUAAAAUGUUAGCAAGUAGACUAUAGCAGUAUAUCCAAAAACCAUUCAUUACAAGCAAGUUUGAUUUAUAGUAGG